AUGAACCAACACCGGACCACCGGACUCAUCCUCCGCUCUCGCCAGCAGGCAGCAGCGGGCGUUUCGAGAGCGUUAUCCAUGGCCCUACUCACGCACCCUCUGCCAAACCAUAGUACCAGUGCUCAAAGCACUACAAGCACCAUCUACGAGACUCGCUUAUGCCUUGAAGUGGAACCUGUUUGUCAAGUGGUGUUCUUCACACCAAGAGGACCCCCGAAGAUGCCCGAUCAGAAUUUGAUGAAGGUGAAAGAAGAAAACGAAAACCUGAAUGACCACGACUAUCAGAAUUCCUCUGAUUUCAAUUCUGAAGAAAAACCUUUUAGUUGCUCACAGAGCGAUGAGCAUUUCAUCACCUGCCCUGAAUGUGGAAGGAGUUUCACACAAAAACAACAUCUGACCAGACACAUGAGAGCUCACACUGCAGAGAAGCCGUUCACAUGUGUGGAGUGUGGAAAGAGUUUCACACACCACGAAAGGCUAAAUACGCACAUGAGAAUCCACACCGGAGAGAAGCCAUUCACGUGUCCUCAGUGCGGAAAGAGAUUCACGCAGAAAUCAAACCUGAACACUCAUUUGAGGAUUCACACUGGAGAAAAACCCUUCGCAUGUCAUCACUGCGGAAAGAGCUUCACAUGCAAAGGAAACCUUAAUAUGCAUGUGCGAAUUCACACCAGAGAGAAGCGGUUCACAUGCCCUCAGUGUGGACUGAGUUUCACUGAGAAAAAAGUCCUUAAGAAUCACAUACGAAUUCACACUGGAGAGAAACCCUUCACGUGUCUUCAGUGCGGAAAGAGUUUCACGCGGAAAUGCAACCUGAUGAUUCACAUGAAUAUUCACACUCGCGAAAAACUCUACAAGUGCUCACACUGUGGAAAGAGCUUCACUCGGUCAGGAUCCCUGAAAACACACGAGCGACUGCACACGAAGCCGUAUCACUGCGCUUCAUGCAGGAGGAGAUUCAGUUCAUCAAGAAAUCUACAGAUUCAUAGAAAAACAUGCUGCUCACUGGCCAAAGAAAUGGACACUAGGUAAAUGGUACAAAAGCCAAAAGUGGAGUUCUUCCCAAAGGACAUGUUGAGGGGCAGUAACAAAGGAAACUGAGUGUUAAUCAAUAAAUAAAAAAGUAUGAUGUUAAGA